CCCUUAUCAGUUCUAAACGGGUCACCAGCGGACCUAAAUACAGAAGAAAGUCGGACAAUCAUAAUAUUUUCUGUCACAAGUUGGCUUCAUAGGCUACUUAGCUUACUUCGAGGAAUGAAAAAUUAUAAGUUAUUAAUUCGUGGAUGUAGAGCGUGAAGUCAAGCGGGCAGCAAGGCAAAAAGUAAGCUAUAUAGGGGCGAUACAUGUGUCCGGGCGAGCAGUAGUUGAUAGCAAGUGGCGCGAGCAUCGCCGCCGCCGCGCGCCGUCGUGACAGAUAAAACCCGUGUGAUGUUAGUAAACAAAAAGUGCUUAAAUAAAAAUUGGAGCGUCUGCCUGUCCUCAGUCUAGCGGCGCCCCGGACCCGGCAAUCAUGGCUUUUCCGGGAAUCGUCUUUCUGUCCGACUAUGUCGAGAGCUUAUGGAGCUCUCCGCGGCCGCUCCUGGACUGGUCGAGCGUGCCGACCCUAGUACUGGCAGUGACCCUCCUCUUCCUCAUCGUCAUGACCCUGCUCUCUCGGACGUCGGACAAGCACCGGCUGCCCGGCCCGCCCGCGCUGCCGUUCCUCGGCACCCGGUGGCUGUUCUGGAGCCGGUAUAAGAUGAACAAGCUGCACGAGGCUUAUGAAGAUAUGUUCAGGCGCUACGGGCCGGUGUUCGCGGAGACGACGCCAGGCGGCGCUGCCAUCGUGUCCAUCGCCGAGCGGGCCGCACUCGAGGCCAUCUUGAGGACCCCUGCGCGCCGCCCCUACCGCCCGCCCACGGAGAUCGUGCAGGUCUACCGCAAGAGCCGGCCCGACAGAUACGCGUCCACUGGGCUUGUUAAUGAACAAGGCGACCGCUGGCACCACCUGCGCCGCAACCUGACGUCUGAGCUGACCAGCCCGCACACCAUCCAGGGCUUCCUGCCGCAGCUCAACAGCAUCUGUGACGACUUCGCCGACCUGCUGGCCAGCAGCCGAGGCUACGGGGGGGAGGUCACCGGCUUUGAACAGCUGACGAAUAGAGUGGGGCUCGAAUCGGUCUGCGGUCUCAUGCUGGGCUGUCGGCUAGGGUUCCUCGGGCGCUCCAUGUCGGGUCGAGCGCUCACCCUCGCAUCAGCCGUCAAGACGCACUUCCGGGCACAAAGAGACUCUUACUACGGGGCCCCGCUAUGGAAGUUUGCACCUACUAAGCUGUAUAGAACCUAUGUGAAGAGCGAGGAGACUAUUCACACGAUAGUAUCCGAGCUGAUGGACGAGGUUCGUGGGCGCGCCGAGGCCUCCGCCCAGGACCACGGCAUGCAGGAGAUCUUCCUGCGGAUCCUGGCCAACCCCGCGUUGGAUAUGCGGGAUAAGAAGGCAGCCAUUAUUGACUUUAUUACGGCUGGGAUUGAGACUCUAGCAAACAGUUUAGUCUUCCUACUGUACCUGCUGAGCAGCCGAGAGGACUGGCAGGAGAAGAUCCGCAAGGAGUUGCCGAGCACAGGGGAAAUAGAUUCCGAAGCUUUAGCCGCCGCACCCUCGGUCAAAGCGGCCAUAUACGAGGCGUUCCGACUGCUGCCCAUAGCUCCGUUCCUGGCCAGGAUAUUGGAGGCCCCUCUGACUGUUGAGGGCCAUAGACUACCGCCUAAGACGUUCGUGCUAGCCCACACCGGGGCAGCAUGCCGUCGGGACGAGAACUUCUGGCGCGCCCGCGAGUACCUCCCCGAGCGGUGGAUCGAGCCGCGCGAGCCGCACGCCGCGUCGCUCGUGGCGCCCUUCGGCCGGGGCCGGCGGAUGUGUCCCGGCAAGCGGUUUGUGGAGAUCGAGCUGCAACUGCUGCUGGCUAAGAUCGUACAAAGAUGGCGUGUGUGUUUCGACGGGGAGCUGGACAUACAGUUCGACUUUCUCCUUUCACCGAAAUCUCCUGUCUCACUCAGACUUGUUGAAUGGUAGAUCGUACCAUCAGGGCAUUUCACGUAAUAAUGAUACGACGGAACCAGAAUUAUGCAAGGUAUUGUUAAAUUAUUGUUUUUGAUCUGUUGAUGUUUUGUCCUUUUUUUAUCCACCAGUUUUCAUUUCAACAAGUCAUGUGAAUGAGACUAACUAUGUAUUUGUCCCAAGUAUGACUGUGUCAACUUCACGAAAAAAUAUGACGACGAAUUUGUGCCAAUUUUUUUUUUUACUUUUGAUAAUAUCUUGUCUCUGUCCUUCCUCUAAUACAAAGAUUGUUAGUUAUAGUUGUGACUUGUAAGACGAAAGUGUUGUGAAAUGUUAAAAUUGCUUAGGAAUUUAUGAAAAUUAAAAUUAAUGAGACUACUACUCUACUUUAUAGACGAAAGAGAAUAAAAAUAUUCUUAAAAAAACAUAAGACUGCUAAAACUAAAUCGUCGUACCAGUUGGUUAUAUUAUUAAAUCCAGUUUUAGUUAUUCGAUUAUAGUUACCUAGAUUUUAGUCUAUUUUAUGUGAUUAUUAAUAUUCUUAAAUUGAAUCUAUUCCUGAAUGAAAUUAUUUGAUUAUGUGACAUGUAUAAUAUAUUAUUAUUAGCUAGAUUUUAACUUUAACCUAUAAGAGCCUCUGGAUAAAGUUAUCUGCCGGAUAAGUCAUACCUACAUUCUCUAAAGUUAUAUUUUAGGCAGUGACAGUAUAGUUUUUAUCACAUAGGUAGAUAACUUUUAUGCGGACGUAGGAAAUCAGGCACUUUAAUCUUUCAAUUUGGAUUUUAUUAAUCUUUUAAGCAUUUUUUUCAGAUUGCAUGAGUAUUAUAUGUUAUAGGUAAACUAAGAAAUUGUGUCGAAAUUAUAUUUUGUACCUACCUACUUUCAACUUUUCUUCCCGGAUACAUGGAAGUAUUUUUCUACUUCCAUGCCCGGAUAUGCUAUUUCUGUCUUUGUGUAGACUAAACU